AUGAUAUAGGUCUAUGUACAAAGUGUUAGAUUUAUUGGAGGGAGGAAACUGAAAAGAACAGAGUCUCUUGAAGUCCCCGUAUUAGGAAGACAAAACAAAAUUCAGAAACAUAAAUAGUCAAAAGCCUUAGUUUUCGAUUUCUGCUUCACAUCUAAUGUCCUCUUCUAUUCUAUAUCAGUGUAACAGAAGGAAUCAAAUCUGGUAAAUUUUAAUCCUGGGAUACUCUUAACUCUUGUGGCUAAUUUUAUCAUCAAUGGACGACGCCGGAGUCUCCAAAUUAACUGCUAAGUUGAAGGAAAUAUUUCAAAAGUGGCAAUUAGGUUCUAAAGAGUGCAAUGAUGAACAACAUUCUGGUGUGAAUCAUGGUGGUAUAUCACCAAUGAUUACCAAAAGGUUAAACAGUUUAGUAUACUGUGAUUCUGAUGAAGAUAGUUGCAAUAGUCCUAAACCACCACAUGAUGUUCCUAAAGGGUACUUAGCUGUUUAUGUUGGACCAGAACUUAGGAGAUUCAUCAUUCCAACAAGCUACCUUAGUCACUCUCUUUUCAAAAUGUUGUUGGAAAAAGCUGCUGAUGAAUUUGGUUUUGAUCAGAGUGGUGGACUUACAAUUCCAUGUGAAAUUGAGACUUUUAAAUAUCUUCUCAGCUGCAUGGAGAGUACUCAGCUUCAUCAUGUUGAUGAUGAUGACACCUCUGCUGGAAACAAAGGAACUUUGGAAGAGAGAAUAAACUAAUCUGAUCUUUAUAGAUGUGGAAAUUAUAGUGCUGCUGGUUUCAAGUGUGAAGAAAGUUUCCCUUGCUUCCAUCUUUUUUUGUUUUAAUUUCAUAUUCAUGUGAGAAAUGAUAGAAUAAUCUUGUUAGAAAAAAUUUAAGCUGCUUUUAAAACAAUUCAUUGGUACAAUUAUUGUAUUCUUUUUAUGAUUUGGUAUUUAAGAACUAUAUCUAAUAUUGUCCUAAUCCUUGUACUUUUCUUUCUAAAUUCUGUUUACAUAUUCAAAUGGAUGUAACAGAACAGCAUUAGUAUAUAGAAAAUGAUAUUCAAUUGUGACC